AUGGAAAAGGCGAAAAUUAAAGUUAUCUCAAGAAAUCCUGCUGAUUAUUUACGUCAAACACGACAUGAUAUUUUUAAGCAGCCUAGAAAUACUGAUCCAAAGCUUCAUCCGUUCCAGGCUGCACGCGAGUAUACUAGAGCGCUCAAUGCAGCCAAGUUAGAACGAUUAUUUGCUAAACCAUUCAUCCAUUCACUGGAUGGACAUGCUGAUGCUAUUUGCUCACUAGCAAAGCAUCCCGUUAGCCUGUCUUGUAUUGCGAGUGGCUGCUGUGAUGGUGAAAUUAGGAUAUGGAACUUAUCGACAAGAAAAUGCUUAUCGGCUGUCAACGCCCACAGGUUGCAUAGCGAUGGAUUAUCAUUUAGACAGUGCUGUACAGAAUAUAGCACAGGUGGAGAUGAUAAGUCAAUUAAAAUUUGGUCGCUAGAUUUAGCUACUAAGAACUCUUUAAAGGAACCGGAUAUGACAAUAUUGAGUAAAAAUAUAUUCAACGCUAUUGACCAUAGCUGGAAGAGUGAUAUAUUCGCUACAUGCGGUCAAGUAGUUGAAAUUUGGGAUGAAGAAAAAACCGAGCCUAUUCGAUCUUUUACGUGGGGCAUCGAAAGUCACAUCGGUGUCCGAUUUAAUCCCAUUGAGACUAACGUAUUAGCAUGUACGGGCUCCGAUCGAUCGAUUGCUUUAUACGAUGUACGAGCUUCAACACCUAUGAGAAAGGUUAUUCUCGAAAUGAAGACAAAUACAGUUGCAUGGAAUCCUUUAGAGGCAUACCAUUUCACUGCUGCUAAUGAAGAUGGCAACUUGUAUACUUUCGAUAUGCGUCGUUUGGAUUCAGCAUUAUGUGUCCAUGUUGAUCACGUUUCUGCAGUUUUGGACGUUGACUAUUCUCCGACUGGACAAGAAUUUGUGUCUGGUAGUUUUGAUAAAACUGUUCGCAUUUUCCCUGUUAACAAAGGAAAAAGUCGGGAAGUAUAUCAUACUAGACGUAUGCAAAGGGUAUUCUGUGUGAAAUGGAGUAUGGAUAAUAAUUUUAUUGUCUCUGGGAGUGAUGAAACAAACUUAAGAUUAUGGAAAGCGGAUUCCUCAGCUAGACUCGGAGCUCUCACCGCAAGGCAGAAGGCCAGUAAUAAUUAUAAUAAAAAACUGAAGAAAAAAUUCGAAAAUCAUCCUCAAGUAAAACGAAUCCUAAGGCAUCGUCACGUUCCGAAACCGAUUCAUAGAGCAGCAGCCGAAAAAAGAGUCAUACUCGAUUCUCAAAAGAGAAAGGAGGAGAACAGGUUGCGGUACACCAAGCCAGAUAAAGUCGAACGUGUCCCUGAAAGAAAAAAGCAUGUCGUUGGUGAAGAGGCUUAA